AGUUCGUAAUAUCUCUGCGGCAUGGAAUUUUUCUGGACUCUGGCUGUGAUUGUGUUAUAUUGUAUAGGUCACAUUCAUGGACGAUGUGAAAGAUCUAUAGAUUUGGAUCAUGGAAUUAUAAAUUAUCGACCGAGAAAUUUAGUGAGAUUCAGAUGCAAUCGCGGCUACACUUUGCAGGGAACAGUAAUGCAAACUUGCGAUCGAGAUGGCCGCCUUCGAGGCGAAAAGCCUUUCUGUGCCAGUAGGGGAUGUACGAGGCCCCAGGAUCCGGAGAACGGACACGUCGAAAAUCUUUCCCUAAGGGCGGAUGUCGUGUGCCACGAUGGCUAUGUCUUGGUUGGAGGUCGCACUGCCUACUGCGAUGGAGAGAGGUGGAGCACCCAGCUGGGGUCGUGCCGGAGGAGCAACCACACAAGAGAUCAUUCUUGCGAUUUCGAGAGCGAGGAUCAGUGCGGUUGGGAGGCGGAGACGACCUUCCGACGACCCUGGAAGCGGGUCAGCACGGUAUCCGAUAUUCACUCCCUAAGAACGGGACCCCGCCACGAUCACACGUUUAAAACCGAAUCCGGUGGUCACUACAUGCGCAUGGAAACCCAAUUGGGGGCUUAUGGAAGCUACCAUCUGCUAUCGCCGAUCUAUCCCAGAGCCCUCACCCUGAAGACCGCCUGCUGCUUCCGAUUCCACUACUUCAUGUUUGGCGCUGGUGUGGAUAGUCUGGUGGUGUCCGUCAAGCCCGUUUCGAUGCCAAUGGCAACCAUGUGGAAUAGGUUCAGAGCCAAUUGCAGCAAAUUUGAGAUAUCCGGUCAGCAGGGAAGCCAGUGGCUAGAGCACACGAUCACCAUUGACGAGAUGCAAGAGGACUUCCAGGUGAUCUUCACGGCAACGGAUGCAAGAUCCCAAUUCGGAGAUAUUGCCAUCGAUGAUGUAAAGCUAAUGACAGGCAGCGAGUGUGGCACAAACGGAUUUACUACCACCACCGAACCACCGGCUCCGACAGGCAGCAGCGAGCAACCCCUGGUCUACGACAUGAUGAGCUGCUCAGGUCGAUGCGGAACCCCAAUCUCGGCCUCCAGAGCAACCAUCAAUGGUAUAGUCAUGGGAUGUGGAUGUAAUGACGAGUGCCUUUUGGAUGAGACUUGUUGCCUAAACUAUUUGGAGGAGUGCACAAAAGAGCUGCUCACCACGACCGAGGAUGAUAUAAGUUCCGUGCCACCAACGGUCACAUCAACAACCACAAGCACUACCAAGAAGCCAACCACAACAACCACAAGCACAACUUCUACAAGUACAACGACAACUAAAAGGCCAACCACGACAACAACAACAACAAAGGCCACAACCACAAAGCGAACAACAACCACUAAAAAACCGACAACAACUUCAACAACGCCGAAGCCAACAACAACGACGUCAACCACACCAAAGUCUACAACUUCAACAACACCAACGACAACAACCACAAGAAAUGUUUUUACAACAAGGAAAACAACAACAAUAGUCCCUACUUCCAGUACCGAAAAGACUACAGGCAUCAACACCACAAAGAAGACACGGAACCGCAUUACUUGGAAGGUUGAUCCUCAGGACAUCGAGGGUCACACGGACACGGGUGAAAGUACCCCCAAUCCAGCUUUAGUAGUGCUUUACCUGCUCAUCGGCGUGGUUCUUGUGAUUGUUCUGGCCAACGUCGUUAAUCGCUGGAUAAUACCAAUCACUGGAUCGAGGACCAGCAGCGAAAAGGCUGUGAGAUUCAAGAAGGCAUUCGAGAGUCUGAAGAAGCAUCGGAGGAGAAACAGCAUGGAUCAGCCGUUAUGCGACUCCGAUAACGAGGAUGGAGAUUAUUUCGAGGAAAUGGGCGUGGACAUACGCCAUAGGACCGAUCUAUGAGGGUAAUCCCCAUUUAUACAAAAAAACGCUCUCCGUUUUGCUUGUGCCUAUUGUAUAGGAAGUUUCUAAAAGUGUAUGGAAGAAUAGAAUAAAAGAAAAUAUGCAACGCCUACUUUCCAGAUAAAUUGCAACGAUAA